AGUUUGAUAAAACGUUGUUUAAAGUAUCACAGUGUUUAAUACCAACGAAUAACAGGCGAAAAAGUAAUGUAAAUACAGAAAAAAAUGGCAAUAGGCAGAGGAAAAACCACGAGAAACGGUAAAAUCCAGUCAAAAUGUUAAAUUUAAUUUAAAAGUUUAGUUUUCAUUAUGUAUUUCAAAAUGUUUCGUUUGGAUUAUGUCAAUAUUACCACAAAUUUUCAUAUUCUUAUUAAAAAUUAUCAUCAUUUUCAAAUCAAGACUAUUUAUCAGUAAAAACAUAGAAAAAUUUAUGAGAUUGUUUCUAAAUCUAAUAAGUUAUUUAUACGGUUCUUUAACUUUAAAUUUAACUUACUAGUUUUCAUACGAUAAAUUUAUUUAAUUUCAUCAAAAUUAUUAUUUUUUUACCUGAUUAUGAUAGUUAAUUGUCUUUUUAUGUUAUUAUUUCCACUUUAACAUCACUAUCUGCACUUAACCUAUUUUUUUUUAUUGUAACUUAUUAUAACUAUCGAGCUAUGGUCUACGGCCUUACAUAAAGGUCUGUAAACGAGGGUAGCGAGGUUGGUACUUUUUACAGGUGCUAAAUUAUCUCAAGAUGAUGUCAUAUUGUGUUAACCUAAUAAUAAUCGUUUUUAUUUCUAAAAGUAAUGAAUUAUUUUAAAUAAAAUAAUACCAGGAAUAAUGGCUUUCCAUUUUGCUUGACGGCACUUUUCUGUCAUAUAUGAAAAACCCAAUCACGUCCGUUUGCGUUUGUCACGUGAUUUUGACGUUUGACGUUAGAACGUGAUGUUUUUGUUGAUUCUCUUUCUGUCUGUUUGUUUACAGUGGUCUUUUGGUGACGGUAUUUUGCCUUUAUUUGUUUUUUUUGUUUCGUUACUUUCCAGUAUAUCGUCCAUAAAUACUGGAUUACAAACAAAAACAAAAAGCAGUACACACGUAAAAAAAAUAACAAAAUUUUCACGAACGGUAACGGCAAACGGGAAGUAAAGUUUAUGAAACACGUGACUUUGACAGAUCGGCCAUUAUCUGACCUUCAACGGUGAUGUACCUCGAGAUAUCAGAUGGAAAACUAACAACGGUAGUAUUUUGAAGUAUUUAUAUGAAUUUUAUGUUGUACUGUUACUUUUUUUUUAAUAAAAUAAUUCACCGUAUUUUUUAUUACACCUGAAAACUCCUUAAUUGAUUAGUAUCUACACUGGGAAAAAGAUUUACAUAUGAUAUCUUCGAAUGAAAUCAUUCUUAUAAGGUUUUUUCAAACAAUCAAGUUACGGUAAGUGUGUAUAUAACAAAAAUAAGUAUAAUUUUUAGAAAUUCUUUAAAAAAGUAAGAAAUUCAGAUUAAUUUUGCUAAUAAGUUUUCAAAAAAUUAGUUUAUUCAUGAUUUAAGUGUAGAAACACUAGUACGUUAAUUUUUAUCUCCUAUCUUUUUUAAGUUAGUAUUGAUUUUAAUACUUUGUAAAUCAAUUUUUGUUUAAAUAAACUAGAUUCAUCCAUUUUUCGUAAUAGCUCAACUUUUUUCUCUUUUAGUAUUAUUUUUAUCAAAAUAAGAAUAAUUUUAUUCCAAAUUUGUUAAUAUAUAUGCGUAAUUUUAUAUUCUUUAAUAAAUUUCUUGAUAUAAUAAAUUUCGUCGUAACCCCUGUAUAUAAUGAAAGGUUUUCGGGCACGUUCUACGCAUACUCAUUUAGAUGACAGCGCCAGUGGCGCCCCGUUUGGUAAUACCGAACGAUGUUAAUUGUGUACUUCCGAAGUUAAUCGUAAAAUAUUGAAAAAAAAACAAUGUUAAAUGAUGCAAUUGUGAAAUAAAACAAUCAAUGUGGUUAUUGGAACGAUCCUUUUUAUUCAACAGUAUAAUUAUAUAAGUGUGCAGUGCAAUUUCAGCAAAAGUCGAUUUAGUGACAGGGUGUAUCGAGUAGUUUAUGGGUAGACCGAUAGAGGAUUCGCGAUUGAACUCUAUAAAAUAUUAGCCAGAUUCUAUUUUUAAAAUAUGCCUGUGUAGAUUUGUGUUGUAUUCUACUAAUAUAUACCUGUCUCGGUAAAGUGGGCUAUUUUUGAAAAUAUUUAUGUAAAAAUAACUAGUGUCCAUGGGAUUGUAAAAAUACUCUAGGGAGCCAUUUUUUUACUCUACAUAUUUAAUUUUUUCUUUGCUCGGAAAAUAAGUGAAUUCGGUUAUUUGUUCAAGUGAUUUUUCGAACAUUUAUGGUGAAAGCAUGCGAAAAUAUGUUGCCUCGUAAUGGGAAAUGUCUCCUGAGAAUGUAAUGGUUUCCCAUCAAAGCUAUGGAAGUAUAUGAUUUGUAUUUGCAACUCCUGUUAUAAGUUUUUCGGUAGGGUGAGAGCCACGGUGGCGUCAGGCCCAGAGUGUGGCCCGGUGGCCGCCGAUAAGGGGGCCGAUUGCUGGUGGUCCCCCCUGGCGGCCAUGGGCUGCUUCGGGAAUAGGGACGCCGCCCAGGCGUCCGAAGAUAUCCGUUCUCAAAAACGUAUCAGUGACCAAAUAAAUAGGCAGCUAGCUAAAGAAAAACAAGUUUAUCGUGCUACACAUAGAUUACUACUAUUGGGAGCCGGAGAAUCGGGAAAAUCGACCAUAGUUAAACAGAUGCGUAUAUUGCACGUCAAUGGUUUCAGUGAAAAAGAGAAAAAACAGAAGAUCGAGGACAUCAAGAAGAAUAUUCGAGAUGCUAUCAUCACAAUUUCGGGGGCGAUGUCGACCCUCAGUCCGCCCGUAGCUCUAGAAAAGCCGGAAAAUCAAGCGAGAGUAGAUUGGAUACAGGAUUGUGCCACUGGUCCGGAUUUCGAUUAUCCACCGGAAUUUUACGAUCACACCGAGGCAUUAUGGAAGGACAGAGGCAUACAAGCCACUUACGAUCGAAGUAAUGAAUAUCAAUUAAUAGACUGUGCUAAAUAUUUUCUCGAUCAAGUGAGCGUUAUCAGAAGGCCAGAUUAUACGCCUACGGAACAGGAUAUACUCCGCUGUCGUGUCCUGACCAGCGGUAUAUUCGAAACCCUCUUCCAAGUCGAUAAGGUCAAUUUUCAUAUGUUCGACGUCGGCGGUCAACGAGAUGAACGCCGCAAAUGGAUCCAGUGCUUCAAUGACGUGACUGCCAUAAUAUUCGUGACGGCUUGUAGUUCAUACAAUAUGGUAUUGCGGGAAGAUCCUACUCAGAAUAGGCUCAGAGAAAGUCUCGAUUUGUUCAAAUCGAUAUGGAACAACAGAUGGUUGAGAACCAUAUCCGUUAUCCUUUUCCUCAACAAACAGGAUCUCUUAGCCGAAAAAAUAUUGGCGGGGAAGAGUAAAUUGGAGGAAUAUUUUUCUGAAUUUACGAGGUAUACGACUCCAGUGGAAGUCGCUAAUGAUUCCAACGAACAUCCUGAAGUGUUUCGAGCGAAAUAUUUCAUUAGAGAUGAAUUUCUGCGCAUAAGUACCGCUUCGGGUGAGGGUAAACAUUAUUGUUAUCCGCAUUUCACGUGCGCCGUCGACACUGAAAAUAUCAAAAGAGUGUUCAACGAUUGCCGAGACAUCAUCCAACGUAUGCAUCUUCGUCAAUACGAACUAUUAUAACCGCCCAAAUUUAUUUUGCGCCCCCCAACUCUAUUUACCUACUACCCCACCACUACUAUCCCCCCCUUCGAUACGUCAACACACAAACACACUCCUUCCGAUUUUUUUUUCUUCUUCUUCUCUUUUGCGACGUUUUUGUGAUCGUUUCAUUUUUUUUUUUUUUUUCAUUUUCUUUUUAUUUUUCAUUUUUUUUCUAUAGGAAGUAGAAAAGUAUCGUUGCCAAAAUAUAACAACAAAAAUUGUAAGCAUUUAGAGUAUUGUGUUUUUAAUAUGUGAUAUAUGACAGUUUCAGACCGUAAUUCGAUAAAAGCAAAAAAUAUUUUGUAUUUUAUCCCAAAAACAAAAAAAAACUAAAAAAAAAAAAAAUUAGUAUAAACGCACAGAUUUUUAUUAUUUAUCAAACUAUUUACUUUACGGUGUACCGUAAAGUCAUUUUUAUCCCCUUUUGCUCAUUUUUCAGUUAUUUCAGGUGUUUUUUCAGUAUUUUUCACUCGUUUUUACGGGAUUUUGUUGUUUUUUUUUAUUACCAGAAAUUUUAUUACACCGACUGCCAAUCACGAAAAAAAUUUUUUUUUAAACUACAAAUCUUUGAUUUUCCUUGGUUUUUAUUUAUAAUUAUUCAUUUUUGUACGAUUAAAUCAAAUUAAGAAAAUCGAAAUAGCGUAUUUCGAAAAUAACUUUUUUUUUCGAAAUAAUUCUGAUUAAACCAAAAAAAAUGAAUUUCGAAUUUUUUUUUAUUUAAUCAUAAAAUUUUUUAUAUUUUUGAUAUUUUUAAAUCGAAAUAUAAAUAUGAAAAUAAUAUUUUUCGAAAAUAACAAUAUUUUUGGAAAUUAUUAUAAUUAAAAAAAAAAGAAAA